AUGAAAUCGACUGCUAUUCUCACCGGCCUGGUGGCUGCCUGCAACGGAGAGGAGCACAGCUGCUACGGCCCCCAUGACAACGUCGAGUAUGUCCGCCAGGGGUCAAGCGCAUGCAACCUGGUGCGCCCAACGCGACACCGACACGCACGGCUGGCUCGAGGGCCACCUCAAGCAGGAGUGUUUCGUCAGCGCCCUGAAGUAGCAGCGGCCGGUCGCUACUGCGAGACCAUCGGCUGGGUGUCCAUGUCCGGGCUUCGACGGCAGCAACGGCGGCUACCACGGCAUCAAGAACCCGCUCCUCCCUCGCCGUUCAGGUACGCCCGUAGGUACCUCGACUGGAACCGCAACACCUUCAUCUACCACUUGCGCCGGCAGCCCGCCACGUGCGACCACCGCUCCGGCCAGCGCGUGAGGCAGGAGAUUGCGCAGGUCAGGGAGGAGCUGCGUCUGGGGGGAGGUGUACGGGCGUGCGCGCCGCGGUCGUGGUGCGUGGACUGCGCGCCGUUCGACGGCCCGGAGAACCUGUUCCCGGGGGUCAUCGUGCCGGCGGUGGGACGGGGGCGGGUGGUGGUGCGGCCGGAGCGCGCGCGGGCAAGGCGCGCAUCAUCCUGGGGGAAAACGGGCAGCGUGCGGUAUGACAUACCGAAAGGCCCGUUCACGCACGACGACAACUUCAUCGUGUCCCCGUUCCACGACGUGUUCCGGUACGUCAAGGACGUGCCGUACGCCAAGGCGGGGCGGUUGAUCACGCAGCUUGAUGACGGCCGCGCGGAUAAGCGCGGCGAGUUGGUGGAGGUCGUCACUCCCGGAUACGUCACCGCGGACGACUGGGGCACCGACGGCGACGACACCAACCACACGGCGGUGCCGUCCAUGCGCCACCCGGGCUACUACGAGGCGCGUGGUGGCUUCCCGGACGGUGCCACGCCGGAGGUUGUCGAUGUCGUCUUUUACGACUUUAUCGAAGAGUAUAUCCUGUACCUCGGCGGCGGGUACAACGCGAGCAUGGUCGACUGCUACGUCGACUGCAACUUUACGUCGCAGGACUUUUUGCUGCCUUAUGCCAGGGCUGUCUGGCAGGACAACAUCAACGACUGCCCCGUUGAUGGCAUGUAG